AUGUGGGUGUCGAGGGAUCGGUUGAUUGCCUUCGAGAUCUUGGCCUUCGCGGACAAACACUCUGAGCCCCGACAAUUCGUACCACCAUCGGGACAAUCUUGGACCACUAUUGAAAAGCUCAAAGCCAACCACAGAAACGAGUUCAAACAAGACGAGCACGACGGUCGCGUCUGGUCAAUCUUCUCGAAGCCUCAGAUUGCCAUUGGCCAACGUGCGGUCUUCAUCAAGACCGAACACGGCAAUGUCCUUUGGGACUGUAUCAGCCUGCUGGAUGAAGAGACAAUCGAGUUCAUCAAGUCCCAUGGUGGCCUCAAGGCUAUUGCAAUUUCUCAUCCUCACUUCUACAGUUCUCACCUGGAAUGGGCUAAGGAAUUUGACUGUCCUGUAUGCCUUGCUGCCGAGGACCAGGAGUGGCUAAACCGUCAGGACACUGAGCACCGAAGAGUGUUUUUUGAUGGCGAGACUCAGAAUAUCCUUCCAGGAGUGACUAUGGUCAAGCUUGGAGGCCACUUCCCUGGCAGCUCGGUUUUGCAUUGGAAUAAUAAUAUUUUCACUGGUGAUACUAUUGGAAUUUCCCUGUCCGGUCUUAACCGCGCCCAUCAUAACGAGAAUCACCAAGUCUUUUUCUUUCACUAUGCUUUCCCAAACUUCAUCCCGCUGGGCCCUACUGCCAUGCGGCUUAUGUGGAAGAGACUUCGUCCUUGGGACUUCACAGCAGUGUAUUCACUAUUCUUUACCACUACAGUACGUGAGCCAAAUGUGAAGGAAAUCAUCUUGGAGAGUAUGAAACGUCAGGCUAUGCAUCAGGAGAACGAUGCCCAUCCCCUCAUGCAGGAGCAAAUGGAGCGGUAA